AUGACAGCUGCGAUCCUGCAGCAGACAGCUGAUUAUAUCUACCAACUGGAGCAGGAGAAGACUCGACUCCUCGCCCAGAAUAGCCAGCUGAAGAGACUCCUCGACCAUCAGCAUGCCCUCAACGAUUCCGAUGGAGGCAGAGAUUCGCCCAUGCCCAAACGCAAAAAAGCUAGUCCUGUCCCCGUGGACUCGCUGGAUGACUGCGGAGGGAAGAAUAAAGAGGAUUCCAUCGAUGAGAUUCGUCGAGAGAUGAUCGACCUGCGAAUGCAGCUAGAUAGGGAAAGACGACUUCGUCUCAUGAUUGAGGAUCAAACUCGAUCCCUUGAAGCCAAACUACAAGCCCAAAGUUCUCGGAAUCAUGCCUCAGGGCCGAACCACAAAAAGGGGUUCACCUAUUUGAAGAGUGACUCAUCAACACCACCCGAAACACCUGGGAUGGUUUUGGGGCCCGGUGAAGAGGUGCUGGUGACUGCUGUGAAAUACAACCACCACUACGCCAAGGAGGAAAGCUGUUCGUCGAACCCCUCCCCUCCCCCUGUCAGCAUCUUGAAGCCCAUCUUAGAGCCUCAACAACCUCAGCCUGUCAUCAGCGAGCCUCCUCCGCAGCAGGUGUAUGUCACCAACUCCUCACGCCAGAGCCUAGAAACCAUUGUAGAGGCAAUUCGCCACUUGGAAGGUGAUCAUCUGUUUGAUGAGAUUGCUCAUGAAGAGCAUGAGAAGUUGGAGGAGAGGGACACGUGCAACCCCUCGGAAGAGGGUCGCGGUGCUAAAGGUGAUGAGGACCAACCCCUGGAACUGACAACACAGUCGCGAAGGAAUGGAAGUGGCAACGAACCCAGACCCGCUGAAGGCUUGAGGAGGAGCUCUAGUGUCUGUGAUAUGGUGGAGAGAGAGCUAGAGUCUUAUCAGCAUGGUAUGGGUGCCAUGAAUGUCAGAGUUGAGUGGGUAGUGUUUGCUGGACAAGUGCCUCGAUGUUUCGACCAAGCUGGCAUGCUAGGGUUGCCUUUCGGAAGUGCUAACUACCCGAGGGUACCAAGGAGAUGCUAUGAUCUCUUUUGGUACUCCAAACCAGAUCCGUUACGAAACUGCCUCUUCAUCUGUCAUGGCUCCUCCCAUGAAGGUUUGAGACUGCAAACAUUCAUAAUGAGUGGUGGGAAUACAGGAGCAGAAAUGGAAACUGGAGACCAGGUCAAACCCAUUCCCAGUGUGAAAGAAAAUGGGGAGGCUUCAGUCAGUGAUCUAUCGGUUGAUGAAAUGACUUCCAAAGACUACUAUUUUGAUUCAUAUGCUCACUUUGGAAUUCAUGAGGAAAUGUUGAAAGACGAGGUGCGGACAAUGACGUACCGGAAUGCCAUGUAUUAUAACAAGCACCUCUUCAAAGAUAAGAUCGUCUUAGAUGUUGGAUGUGGAACUGGUAUUCUGAGCAUGUUUGCUGCUCGAGCUGGUGCUUCCAUGGUCAUUGGCAUAGACUGUUCAAAUAUAGUGGACCAUGCUCGCACCAUUGUUCAACAAAACAACCUCCAAGAUGCUCUGUUUACAGUGAUAGUGAUAAUCAAGGGGAAGGUGGAAGAAGUUACACUUCCACAGGGUGUGGAGAAGGUAGAUAUCAUCAUCAGUGAAUGGAUGGGCUAUUGCUUAUUCUAUGAGUCCAUGUUGGAGACUGUCCUCUUUGCUAGAGACAAGUGGCUUGCCCCUGGUGGUCUCAUGUUCCCUGACAGAGCUACUCUCUUCCUCUGUGCCAUUGAGGAUCGACAGUACAAAGAUGAGAAGAUCAAUUGGUGGGACAAUGUGUAUGGUUUCAACAUGGCUUGUAUCAAGAAUGUGGCAAUCUCUGAACCUUUAGUUGAUGUCGUGGAUCCAAAGCAGGUGGUGACAAAUGCCUGCCUCUUGAAGGAAGUGGAUCUCUACACAGUGUCAGUGGAUGAGUUGGACUUUGAAACUCCUUUCUACCUGACUGUCCGAAGGAAUGAUUACAUCCAGGCUCUGGUCACCUUCUUUACCAUUGACUUCACUAAAUGCCAUACCAGGAUCACAUUUAGCACUUCUCCUGAGCACACUUAUACGCACUGGAAGCAGACAGUGUUCUACUUGAAGGAUAGUCUGACUGUGAAGAAAGGGGAGGAGAUUCAGGGGCAUUUCCUCAUGCGCCGCAACAAGCGAAACAAGCGGGAUCUGGACUUUGAGAUCACAGUGGUUUUUGAUGGAGAGCUGUCCAUCCCAUUCCCUCUGGAGGAAGAGAGGCUAGAAAUUAAAAAGCAUGUAUUCAUCAGCUUGGAAGUGGGAAAGAAGUGGCUGAUCCUGGACAAUGGAGCCAUGUACUCCAAAUCUGGCUUCUCCCAGCAGGAGCAACCCAGGGUAAUGCCAAAUUGUGUGAUGAAGGCAAGGAGUGAACGUCGUCGCCCCUUCAUUGGAGACCAGAUUGAUGACUGCUGUGAUACUUCUGGCCUCUUUUUCAUCCUUGCACAUGAAAAGGGGUACCUGGUGAACUGGGAAGUACAGAAGACUGUUUGGGAUUACAUCUUUGGAAAGGAAGUGUAUAAUGUGGACUUCUCUGAGACUGGCCUUCUCAUCACAGAGCCAAUCUUCAACUUCUCAUCCAUCCAGGAAACCCUCAGCGAGAUUUUCUUUGAGGAAUAUGAGUUCAAUUCCCUUCUUAGGAAUUUGCACAAUCCAGAUGUUGAUGGAUUGCAUUUUCUCUGUGCAGCUGCAGAUCUCAGUGCCCGCAAGUACAAAGAGGGACACCCAGAAAGCAUGUGCUGCUUAGUGGUUGAUUCUGGUUUUAGCUUCACACACAUCGUUCCCUAUGUUGAAGGGAAGAAAUGGAAAAAAGGGAUCCUCCGCAUUGAUGUUGGAGGGAAAGUCCUCACCAAUCAUCUGAAGGAAAUCAUCUCAUACAGACAGUUACACGUGAUGGAUGAGACCCAUGUGAUCAAUCAGGUGAAGGAAGAUGCAUGUUAUGUCUCAUUGGACUUCAUGGGUGACAUGGCUCGAACUCGACAGAGGGGACCUGCCAACACUGUGGUACUGGACUAUGUUCUCCCUGAUUAUACCACCGUCCGAAGGGGAUACAUCCGGGAUCUCAGUCGACCUUUGGAUGGUUCUGAGCAGAUUUUACGAAUGAACAAUGAGCGAUUCACCGUACCAGAGCUUUUGUUCCAUCCCUCGGAUGUGGGCAUUAUGGAGAUGGGGAUUCCAGAAGCUAUCGUGCAUACAGUCACCACCCAUAGUGCUGACUUCAUCCAGCCGCACCUGCUCAACAAUAUUGUUCUCACAGGUGGAAGCAGCUUAUUUGCCAAUUUCCGAGAGCGGGUAGCCCGAGAUGUUCGGUCCCUGGCACCUUCGCAUCUGGAUGUCAAUGUCCACCUCCCUUCCAAUUCCAUGUUGUAUCCUUGGGAAGGAGGGAAGAUAAUGGCAGAGGAUGCCAAGUACAUCAGUGAUAUGGUUGUUACCAGGACUGACUAUGAGGAGUUUGGCUACAACCUCUGUUUGGAGCGUUUUGAUGUUUGAUUUAACAUCUGCCUGGGC